GAGAAACUUUGGAGGUAUAAAAAUGGUAGUUUGAAGAAGAAAAAAGAGUAAUUUCGUAUUUCUUUUUCAUUCAUCGUUUCACAAGGCGGAGGCGAAGAAGCUGAAAGUGCUUCUUUCUCUCUCUCUAAAUUAUUUGUCGUGAGCAUCUGGUGCAUUUUUGUAGCUGUUGAAGGAGAAGGCGUCGAAGCUCGAUUUUGUUAGGAGAAUUGUGGAAUUGUUUGUGUACUCUGAUUGGAUUUCUGAUACGAGUUUUUUGACUCCAGAGGUUCUGAUAAAUUGUAGUGCUGGAGAUAUAGGAUUAGUUUCCUGGUUCAGAAGAUCCGAAUUGGAAGCUGUGAUUUGUUGUUAUUUUACCGUCAAUCGAUACAUGCGAGCGUUCGGAGACUCUGCUGGGGGAAUUACUGUGAAUUGGAUGCAUUUUCUCAGCAGAUAUGGUUUUCUGUUCACCGCUUUUGAGACGAUGAUAUGAAUGCUUGGCUUCGAAAUCCAGAUACCGUAAGAUUCGAAUGAUUCUGUCAGCUGAUUUAUCUUAUCUUUGGAAGCAGAAGCAAAAUCUGGAUUAUCUGCGGAAGAACAGAGUGCAGUGAACAGAAUUGAAGUUCGCCGAGGUGCACGAAGCAUCGAGAUGGAGAGGAAGAAUUCUCAUCCAACCAAUAGAGACGGGUUGCUGUACAGAUCAGUGUCCAGGUCAGCCGCUACGACGUCGUCGGACUUCGUGCUGCAGUGGGGGAACCGAAAAAGAUUACGCUGUAUGAAGGUCCACGUUAAGGGCGCGACUACUAAGGACCCGGCCGGUUCGGAUCCAUCUCAGCGGGCAGCGGUUCGCGUGGACCGGCGGGUCGUUAGGUCGGAUCUUCUCAAUAAUAACAACACUACCAAGAAUCCGAUCCCAAAUCCUCCCAACAUCACCAAUGGCUAUCUGAACCUCCGCCACCGCCCCGCCUCGCCGUCUCGUCGAAUUCUCAGAAAUUCAGAGAGAGAAAUUGGUAUGAGAGGGAAUAGCAAUGGAGUGAGGGGCUUGGCCUCUCCGGAUAGAGGUGAAAGAAAAGGCACAUCUAUUAGCAAUAAUGCUAAUAGCCAACACCAAAAUAAUAAGACCAAUAAUAGCAACCACAAUCAUGACACCAACCACCACCACGGCGGUGGCUCUGGGUCAUCGGAGAACGCCCAAGAUAUCAAAAAGGGCGACGGCGACGCCGCAGCGGCAGCCGCCGCGGUGUGGCCCAAGUUUGUGAUUGCCUUGACGAACAAGGAGAAGGAGGAGGAUUUCAUGGCGAUUAAAGGGUCUAAGCUCCCUCAACGGCCCAAGAAGCGAGCUAAGUUGAUUCAGCGCACACUCAAUCUUGUGAGUCCGGGCUCAUGGCUAUGCGACUUGACCCUCGAACGCUACGAAGUCCGUGAAAAGAAGGUUUCCAAGAAGUUUAUUUUUAUUUCUCAGAGACCAAGAGGAUUAAGAGCUAUGGGAAAUGUGAUCGAUUCAGACUCCGAGUAGAAGGAAUGUUAGGAAACAGCUAAAGCCUCAAGGGCGUUAGCAGUGUAUGUAAAUUAAAUUAAAUUGAAGAAAAAAAAAAGGUGGUAAAAAAAUUAAUGGAAGAUGAAAAAUGAGAUGGUGAAAUUAUAUUUCACAAAAACAAAAAAGUUGUAGUGAUGGAAAAUUAAGCACAUAAUUUGAAUGCUAUGUUAGCUUUGUUAAAAGCAUCUUAUUCAUGGGUGUGUUUUGGGUAUUUAUUUCCGAACUAUCUCAAAAGAGAAAUAGUUAAUCUAAUCAUUCCUUUAGGAAAACACGAUCCGGCAUUUAGAACUAGCAUAAAACGAAGAUAAACAACCAAAUAAAUCUAAUUAUAUAAAAAAAAAUGAUGUUCCCUCCUUUACUACCUAAAAAAAAAGUCGAUUCUAGACUGUGGUGACUCACAAAUUAAUUAAAUAGGAAAUUUUUUUAUUUAUUUAACUUAUUUUUGAAAAUGAAAAAUAGUUAUAUUAUUGUCUUGUUCAUAUUAUAAUUAUUUUUUGUAAUUUUUUUUUAAAUGCAAUUUUUUUAUUAAAAUAGAUAUAAUAUAGACAAUGCAUUAAAAUAAUUUAAUUUUAUUUAUAUUUUAAAAAAAUAAAUUAAAUAAAUUAAUUUUUUUUAGUGAACUAGUUUGUAAUUGCCAUAGUAUGGAUGUACAUGAUGCGUGUUUUUAAAAAAAGUUGGUAGACUAUGUGUUGAAUGGAAAUAAGUUAUUAGUAUAGUUAAAUUGAUUGCGUGAUUAUAUAGAAAUAAGUAGUUUUAGUUAAAAAGGGAAAUUAUGACGAAUGGAAAUAAGUUAUUAUAGUUAAAUUGAUUGAGAGAUUAUAUAAAAAUAAGUAGUUAUAGUUAAAAAGAGAAAUUAUGAUCAAAAUGAAAGUGAUAAUUUUUGAUAGGAUCGAUGAAAGGGACGAAAGUAAUAGAUUUAUUGAAAGAAGAAAGUUGUAAGUAAGCUUUUAUCCUAAUUCAAUCAAUUCGUGAACGAUACAUUCCACCAAAUAUCAAAGCAGCAAUUAAUGCGGCUGAUGAUAUUAUACACAAAUUCAAAUGUCUGCUUUUGAUUUUUUCUAAAUUUUUCAUUCUAUGAGUAUAUCCAUUUCUUUUUAGGACAGAAAGUGAAACAAUUAUUAAGAUGUUAAGAUUAAAAGUUUAGCAUUAUUAGGAAAAAAGGAACAAAAUAUUAAUAAAUUAUUAAAACAAAAGAGUUAUUAAAAGGUCGAAUUUUUAAGAAUAAAUAGGAUGAAAUUAAAGAACAUGAAGAAAAUUUGAACUAUUUCUGUAGAAGAAACUAAAAGGGUGUUUCAGUUAAGAAUUUUUAGCUCAGCAAAAGUAGGAACACUUCAAAAGUAGAUUAAAAAAGAAAAAAAGCACUACCCACUCCCAAACUCUCUCUCUUCUUUUCUCUCUCUCUAUUUUUUUUCUCCCUCUAGAUGAAAGCAUUUUUACAUUAGUACUAAUUUUUCUCAAAUUUAUUGGGUGCUCCUGAUGAAUAUGUAUAACAAACAUGCAAGAAAUUUGGCUUCGAUUAAAACUUAGAUUUCACCUUCUUAGCUCAAAUUAGAUUAACAUUGAAGAUCACAAGAAAUAAUUGAGAUAUCGACAUAUCAAAUUCGACGAAUCCGUUGUGGCAGUUGGCAAAUCACGAUCAAGACAAAAAGCGACUCCGAAUUCACAACUCAUAUGGUUUCAUAAUUUUAUUCAAACCUUAAAAUUAAAGUAAAUAAUUUCCAUGCAAAACAAAAAGUGGCGUAUAUUAUCAUCGCAGCUUGUAAUUCUGAUAUACAAAAAGCUGUUUCAGAUACGAAAUAUAUUUACUAAGCUGAAUUUUCAAUUAAAAUUAAAUUGGACGAAACCGUAAAUCGAAAUCGAAAUUCACACUCAAAACAGUAAUAAAAAAAAAUUAAAUACCUUAAUAUAAAUGCCAAAUACGUACAAAGGAGUAAAUAAAUAAUGUAUAUCGAACACAAAUCGCCUAAAAAUCAAACUCCAUCACAAAUCGAAGCAGAUCUGCACAAACACUCAUAAAAUUCCCUAAGUAAACCACAGUCGCUCUAUAAACACCACUCACUAAUACGCAUGCAGUAAAGAACUUCAGAUCCGGAGCGCAGAUCCGAACACCAGCGACGCCACGGCGAGAGCGCAGCCGACCGCGAACGACGGCGCCGCCACUCCGGCGGAGGAUGCAGGAGCAGGCGCCGGGGCCUCCUGCGCCACAGCGUUUCCUACGAGAGCCAAAAUCGCCGCCGCGACCAUGAGAGAUCUAGCCUUGAACACCGCCAUUGCUCAGCAGGAGCGGAAUUGAACGAGUUGAGUUGUGAGGCGGUGAGUGCUAGAGCGAGAGAGAAAUGCAGAUAUGAGAGAGAGAAAUUUAACGGCGGAGCU